AAUGACUACAUUUCGGUGGUCGUCAGUUUCUGCUCACUAGAGGCUCAACUUUGAAGUGCACAACUACUUUUCCCAACAAAGCAACCAACGCAAGACAAGACUCGUGCAGCAUGGGCAAUCUCGUGUCCCAAUAUCUGGCAGCAGCGCUGGACCGAAUGGCCAAUUACUGGACGAAACCAAGUCGUAUUCUCCUACUUGGUCUCGAUGGCGCUGGCAAGACGACGUUGCUGUACAAAAUGAAGCUGGGCGAGGCUGUGACCACGAUUCCAACGAUCGGAUUCAACGUUGAGACUUUCCAGUACAAGAAUAUCGAGUUUACUGCGUGGGAUAUCGGCGGUCAGAGCAAACUUCGACCGUUGUGGCGCUUCUACUACGAAGGUGCUGAUGCUGUAGUCUUCGUGAUCGAUUCAGCUGAUCGCUACCGUAUCGACGAAGCGGUCCACGAGUUACAUCGUGUCUUUGAAGAUGACGCGCUUCGUGACUGUAAAUUGUUGGUACUGGCCAACAAACAGGACCAACCAGGUUGUAUGGACGUCGAAGAGAUCCGUGACAAACUGGCAUUGCGUCGCGUUACCAGAAAUCCUUCACACAUAUCGAAGACCGUUGCUCUAUCUGGACAAGGAGUUGACGAAGGCAUGAUGUGGUUGAGCAGGAUCGUCACUGGCAAGUAGCACCAUCGUCACAGCGAACACGCUGAAAAAAAAAACUACAUGUAUACUCGAAAACAAAUUUUAUUUUACAUCUUUUCACCAUCUUUCGUUAGAUGCUGGCAAUGGACUGCAAACGCAAUAU